UUUAGGGUUUUUGCUUUAGUUGCAUGAGAUCUCUUUAAAAUCAAGUGGCAAUGUGUGCUUUCUUAAUUAUAUCUUUCCGAACGUUGGCAAUACUAUUUAUUUUGGUGCCCAUUUUUUGCUUGGUUUAGAAAAUUGCAGUAUACGAAUUUUCGAAUUAAAAUAUAAAAAAUGCCGCCAUCAAAAAAACUAGAUCUCGAUAUUGAUGUGGAUGUCCUAACAGCAGGUUCAGCUGCCGACAUUGUUAACUCAAUCCUUGAGUUUUUGCUGUUCCAGCGUAAUCAAAUUCCAUUUGUUUAUAAUACUUACAAAUACUAUGUCGGUUUGUGGACAGAUGAAAUUGAAGGCAAUACCACAAGUGGCGGCAUGGAACUAAGUGCAAAUACUGGGAGAUCUACGACCACACUGCAUACCUAUCAGAUAGAGAUGCAGAGGAAGCAGGCUCUUAAAACGAAAGAGGCCAUAAGUGCAAUGCGCGAGCUUAUCAGAAAAUCAUUUGACAAGAACAAUGUUCGUUGUUUGAGAUUUCUCUUUGGAUCGACAACAUUUACCGCUAAAGAAGCUUACACAAUACAUAUUCCAAUUGAUUCAAUAUCGCGGCUGCAUUUUCAUAACCAACAUCGUAUUCCUCAUGCACGUCUUAGUCAAACAUUAAUUUCUCUUUUGACUAAUGAAAAUCUUUACGGUAUUUUCUCACAUAACCUUUGUCCUACAAAUGUCUAUCUCGAACUAGAGUUAUUAUGUGAACCAGGUAUAUUGAAGGAUACAUGUUCGAAAGAGCGAUUGCUACCAAAAGAAGUUUAUCAGUUGCCACCAAGCUGUAAGGAUAUUCAUUUUCACUUGCAACACAGACCUUGCUCAAUAAUCAAUGACAAAACCACAGUUAAUUGUUGUAAAGAAAUAGAGGUGUUCCAGGGUGUAAUGUGUCUUAAAAUAAACGACACAGAGCAUAAAAAUUGCGACUAUAACUGCGAAAAAGACACGCCUGUGCCUACGUGGUGGGAAGCAGACGUUUUUGUACGUGGUUUCAAAGAGAAGCCAAUAAAAGGAUUUAAUAUAUGGACGAAAUGACGUUAUUUAUAAGAAUGUAAAUUUAAUGCCAUUUGAGUAAACUAAAAUGAUGUUUAUUGUAGAAAAUUUUAUGUAAUGUUUGAAAAAAAAAA